CAAGCCACAAUUUUUAGUGGGACAGCAUGCCUGCAUACAGUUUGAAAUCUCAUCUCUCUGUCCAUCAAUUUGACUUACAUGAACUUAGCAAAUAUAGACUUAGAAAUAAUCUGUGUUAAAACAUAAGCAUUUGGAUAGAAGCUUAAAUGAACGAUAAUUUUGCUGAAGAAAUGUCAGCUAUCAAUACACCAAAUGAUAUAUCUGGUGACGUCCCAGAUGUAGUCAAUUUGCAUGUGAGUGGAUGCAGUCAAGCCAGCCAAGAUUCAUCCAGAGAAAGCAACAUACAUAUUUGUCAGUCUGCAGCAAGCUCCAGCCAUCAAUUACCAGUUUCUGGGCCACUUAAUGCUGCGGUUAUACUGAAGACUCGUCAGAACCAUGAGCUGUCUCCAUGCAAAAGCAAUUCCCAUAACACAAGUAAGUAUGUAAAAUUGAAUGUUGGAGGAUCACUACACUACACGACUAUGGGAACGUUAACUAAAGAAGACAAUAUGCUUCGAGCAAUGUUCAGUGGGCGAAUGGAGGUUUUAACGGACAGUGAAGGAUGGAUAUUGAUUGAUCGAUGUGGCAAACAUUUCGGAACUAUUCUCAAUUACUUGAGAGAUGGAUCGAUAGUAUUGCCAGAUAGUCGAUAUGAAAUUGCAGAGUUAUUGGCAGAAGCAAAGUAUUAUUUGAUUCAAGGAUUAAUCACCCAGUGUGAUCAAGCUCUAAGACAGAAAAGCAUGGAGCUUGAUCCAAUUUGCAGAGUUCCUCUUGUUACUUCAAUAAAAGAAGAACAAGAGUUGGUAAAGAGGACAAACAAACCUGUUGUCAAAUUCAUGUACAAUAGAAGCAACAACAAGUAUUCUUACACAAGUUCUUCUGAUGACAAUAUGUUGAAAAAUAUUGAAUUAUUUGACAAGUUAUCUCUACGUUUCAAUGGACGAAUUUUGUUUAUGAAAGAUACUAUUGGAGAUGAGAUUUGUCAGUGGUCAUUUUAUGGGCGACGGCGAAAGGUUGCUGAAAUUUGCUGUACAUCUAUCGUUUAUGCUACAGAGAAAAAACAAACAAAGGUUGAAUUUCCAGAGGCAAGAAUAUAUGAAGAAACUCUGAAUAUAUUAUUGUAUGAAAAAGACAAACAUGGUGUUUGCAUGUCGGGGCACCAUCCGGAAUGCAGUUGUGGUGCUGGCAUUGAUUAUAUUUUAAACAAAUCUGGGCAUCAUAUGGUUGUAAAUCAUUGCCAGAGUGAUGAUGAAACAUUAGAUGAAGGUAGACCGCAUCGAGUCAGAAGGAUCCAUGUUAAUAGCAAUAGACCUACAUGAGUUUAUCAAGUUGUAUUGUACCAUCAUGCUACCGAUCUUCAACUCUUCUGAAAUAUUGUGAUUUACCGGAUUCACUCAAGCUCGGAGUAAUAGCUGAACACAAUAUUCUGUUUCAAUAUUGUAUAUUUGUCAGAGUAUUGGUAUUUUAACAAUUGUGGUUACCCCACGUGUAGUUCUAGUUGGUUCCCAAUCACUCAAUUAUAUAUUUUUGCACCAAUGCAGUGGAGUGUUAGAAAAGUUCCUGACUGUAGCCAUUAUUAAAAGAAACCAGUUGACAACAAUUUUGGUUUUGACUUCAACUAGUCUGCCGAAAUAAAUAAUGUCAUUCAUAGAUAGGUUUUAACAGUUUUGCUUCAAAUUGAAUGUCCGCUGCAAUUUUGGUCUUAUCUUGUCUUUUGAUGACAUUCUCACGGAAGUUAUGCAUGCUUGAUGCGUCAGUUUUGUAUGUAAAUACUCAAAUUUUGGCACUCACAAGCAUAUUUCAAAAAAAGCUGCACUUUCCCAGUAUAUGCUAUUUAUAAUUGUCUUCUGAUAACUCACUUUACGCCUGCUUCACGAAAUCCAUAUGUAUUGCAGAUUUGUUUAACUGGGGAUUCCUAACGGACAGCUUCGUUUUUUUUUUUUUAAUUUUUAAACCCAAUUGAAUAUUCUUAGAAUAAAGAAUAUUUUACACCAAAUUGAAGUCGGGGGUGGAUGGACCAGAUGUUAUCAUUUAAACUGAUUAAGAAAAAAAUUGGUAAUAAAUCAGUGAAGUGUUUUUAAGAUUUACCAUCAUAUUAUUCAAGAUUAAGUAUAAUCUUAUUGGCAUGCUUUUUGUGCAACAUCUUGUAUUAAAAUUUUGUAGAUUAUUAUAUUUAUACUGGAAUAUAUUCUAUGAAAAUUUUCUGCAGUAUAAUACUGGAAUAUGCCACUAAGGCAUUCAUUAUUAUCAUGUCACGCAUGACAGACCGGGAUAAAUUGAUAUUUUAUUUUGUUUUUAGUUAUCUAUGUUGUGACUCUCGGUGCCCAUAUGAAAGUCCCGCAGGUUGGCUACUCAACCAUGUUCAUUUUACAUUUAUUCCGCUGGGUGCACUAUGUCUGGAACGACUGUUAGUAUCAAUCAAUUCUAAAAUAUGAGAAUUUGAGGUAUAUUGUAAGUUUUCUCAAGAUUUUUAUUGAUUAUCUUGUCGAAUGAAUUGAAAGCAUACUUUAAUAUAGCUAACUAUGUAAAAUAUGCUCGAACUGUUUUUUUAAUCCUGAAAACUCUGUAAUGGGUAUUGGAUUGAGGCAGAUGGCAAUAAACAAUUGUUAAAAGUCCUCGCUGUUGCCAGAACACUCUUUGUGUUAUAGAUGCUUCUGAGAAUAAAUUUAUUAUAUAUCUAUUUUUUUUCAAUUCUGCUUUGCCUGUAUUUCUGAAAUCUAAUUACUGCAUCUAAAGGGUUAGAAGAUAAUAUACCACAGUCUUCUUCCAAACAGUGGAAGACUCCUGGUGCCAGCUGUAACCAUAAUAUACUGUUUUUUUUAUAAUAACAUUAUUUUUUUCCCGGCAUCUCUUUUUCUGUUAAACAGUAUUACAUAUAUAGUUUGUCUGCACGCCGAUUUAUUGGUAAAAAUUUUUAUUGUUUCAAUUCAGCUUAAUAAUGUGUUGUUUUGUGACUUAAGUGUCAUAAAGAUGUUUUUAUAUUCUUUUCUCUGAAGCUAUUUAGUACGUAUAUUCUGUUAUAUUUGUGGAUGGCAAAUGUCACGCAACUGUGUCUUUGGGCUAGCUCGGUCUUCCAUAUCUAUGGUACAUGCAUGCCGCCUCUGUUGUAAUGUUUGUUGCACACGAAGUGAAUCGUUUUGAAGAUCGUUUUUGUAUAAUGUUGUGUUGUUAGAAUUCUUGUUCUUAUAAAAAAGCGCUUAUCACCUUAAUUUGCUUUGAAAUUUUCAGUAAAAGAUUGUUGUUGUCGCUAGAGGUCUAUGAUUUUAUUAACUUCAAAAAUUUCUGUGGGCUGGUUUCGUUUUUCGUAUGUGAUUCGUUUUUUUGUGUGUGAUGACGUAAUGAAGAUUAAAAUUGCGCGACCUUGUGAAGGUUUUGCGUUAAUCA